AUGGUCCUUGACUAUAGAUUUGACGAUCUCAACAUAACUUCCAGGCUUGCCAGAGCUGUGUUACAGCAGAGAGAGCAAAUAGCUCAUGAUAUUUCUCCUCUGAUGAGUAAGCUCCAAAAUCGCAGGUUUAAAUUUGAUCUGGGAUUGAAAGAAAAGGAGCUAUGUCCUCCCAUGCCAGCAUCCAUGCUUUUCUUUGUCAGAGGUAUUGGCGCCUAUGAUAUGUACGCCUAUGGGAUACAUGCAGGGAAACAGCUGAUUGUGGAAGCAGAUGAUAGGGCUUUCCUAGAAGAAGUACAGGAUGGGAUGCCUGGGGAGGAGGAAGAUAACGUCUGGGAAAGUAACAUGGCCUAUCACAUGCUGAUGGGUGCGGGGUCAGGACUGGAACACAAAUUUCCUUGUUCACUGCUUUUUCAUGACACCACACAGCUUUACCAUGAAUUAUACCCAGGAAAUGGAAAGAUGCAAAGUUUAUUUUUAAAAAAAGAAAGAAAAACAGGACUUCCAGGUGCUCGGCUGCCUCUUCCCGGACCGAGAGAAGCGCCCGCGUGGUCGCCACCCGCGUCCUCCUUCCCGCGGCCCUCGGGAGACUGCACUUGGCGGCAGUGGACCGCCAGCAGGUCCGAAGGUGACAGUGUGGGAGAUUCCAUCCAUGGGAAACCUUCCGUGGUGUACAGAUUUUUCACAAGUCUUGGACAGGUCUAUCAGGUCUGGCUGGACAAGUCUACUCCAUACACGGCUGUGCAAUGGGUAGUGACGCUGGGCCUGAGCUUCCUCUACAUGAUCCAAGUUUACCUGCUGCGAGGUUGGUACAUCGUGACCUAUGCCUUGGGAAUCCACCAUCUAAAUCUCCUUAUAGCUUUCCUUUCUCCAAAAGAGGAUCCUUCCUUAAUGGAAGAUUCAGACGAUGGCCCCUCGUUACCAACCAAACAGAAUGAGGAGCUCCAGUCCUCCAUUAGGAGACUCCCAGAGUUUAAAUCCUGGCACGCGGUCAAGGGCAUCCUGGUGGCCAUGGUCUGCACCUUUUUUGACGCAUUCAACGUCCUGGUGUUCGGGCCCAUCCUGGUGAUGUACUUCAUCAUGCUCUUCUGUAUCACGAUGAAGAGGCAAAUAAAGCACAUGAUCGAGUACCGGUACAUCCCGUUCACGCAUGGCAAGAAGACAUACAAGUAGAAGGAGGCCACGGGCAAGACGUUCGCCAGCUAGACGCGGCCGCCCUCCGCGGGCCCUGGACGGCCAUGAGUUGCUGUGACCGGUGCCUUCUUUCCUCACAUAAAGUAGUUGAUUACAAGGGAGUUAUUUUCUUUUUAAAAAGGAGCUUCAAUUAUUUGUAACUGAGAUAUCAGGUUCUUGAAGAAACUUACAUUUAAACAGAAUCGUGUUGAUUUAUUUUCCAGUGCCGGUCAGGUGUCCAGACGCUGGCCUUGCAGGGCGCAGGCCGGGAGGACAGCCGGGUGGGCUGGGGGGCGGGAGCGGGGGCGGGGGCGGCAGGGCCCGGCCCGCGGAAGGAGCCAGGACGCCCAGCUGCCGCCUCCCAGGACGCUCGCCUGGCCCCGCCGGCCACACGGAGGAUGCUCGCCCGUCAGUCCGGCAAGUAGAAGAGAUUUCUGCAGUAACUCAGGGCUGUAAUGCCAGUUUCCGAAUUUCAUCUCACUAGAGAUGUGUUGAGUUGGCCUCUAGCAUAAUGACUCAAAACUUUGUUCUUAACUACCAUGAUUGCUUCUGAGGGCCUGGAAUUAUAAAUAUAUAUUAUAUUUUAAUUGUUUGAGGUUAUUUUGACACAUUUCUUUGAUACGUGAAGGGUUGUUUUAACUUAAACGAGUUCU